AUGGACGACGGAAGGGCCAGUUGGGACGACGAGAAAGACUUCACCUGGAUGAAGGAAAUGAUUCACCAGGUGCAUGUGCUGGGCAAGCAUGCCAACAGUGGCUUCAAGCGAGAAGCUUGGCAUGCCGCAACAACGAAACUCAACUCCGACCGCUGUCAGCUACACGAAAGAACAAGUCAAGUCGAGAAGCGCCGAGAUGAAGAAGCAAUACGCGCAGGGUUCGAGGCGGCAACGUGGCCGGUUCAUUUCCUUGGAUGGGUCGUGGGCGCACGCGAAUGA